AUGGGGAAGAUACAUAUCGAACCCCCAACAUUUGAUCUUGUUGGAAGUUGCUAUGGUUCCAACUGCUACUCAGUUGUCAUAGUUUCACAGAACAAUGCCAGGAAAUACGGCAUCACAAUAGAUCACACUGGACUUGAAUUUCAGGUAAGUAAAACCAUUUCAUUCCAUGUUUAAGAGCUCCUGUAUACUAUGUAAAAAUAAUACUUGGUAACCUACAGGAGACAUUCCUUGCCAUGGCUAGCAACUAGCACUGGAUAGAACCUUCCUUCCGCAAGACCUAGGCCAUGUUUUAAUACACCAUCUCUUCUCUCCUUCCCCCACCCAAUUUAGGGGAUGAUACAGGAGGCACAGUAUGACUCAACUGCCUGA